AUGGAGAACAAGGCAGUCUUUGAUUUGAAGCGUCUUCAACGCUCUGCGCCUGGAGAUCAAGCCAUCCAUCUACGGCAUGUCUUAACCAGCAAUCCAGGCGCUGUAUCUUCCCUCACAUCUGAGCUGAUAACGCUCGUGGCAUCGGAUCUUCUCCCCUCCAUUGCCCUUUCAUUAUGGCCCAUGGCCGCCAACGAUCCCACCGCAAUUGUCGCGGUUAUGCACCAGGAACUCUGCCUUAAUGCUCAGCGCUCAGCCAUCCGGCAUUUCUAUCGCCAUCUGCGCCGCGAAAAAACGUUUGCCAAGGCCUGGGAGGCGGUCGGUGGUGCUUCUGGAGUUGCUCAGCUGGCGGCAAAGCUCAACUUGAAUCAUGUUCGUCUUCUCUUCAGCUUGCUUGGAGAUGCUGGCCGUGCAAGAGGCGCGCGAAAGGAGCGCCAGAGGGCCAUGGAAGAGCUCCUGACGCUGUUAUGGGGAGAUGACGGAGAAGCAUCUGCAUCUGCCGUUGGCACCGAUGGCGGUCCAUUUGACAGCCGUCCAUUGCGCGAUGAUUAUGUCAAGCUUAUCCCAGCUUGCAGCGGCGCGUUUAGAGUAGAGUGGCAGGAGAUGAAGCGCCAGCUCCCGGAGAGAUACAGCCACUUUGUGACUACUGAUCAAGAGUUCUUUGAACAUUAUUACAACGAAAAGCUACGGCGCGGCGAAAUCACUGCCUCGGACUUUCUACAUGAGAUAAAGCCUCUUGCUGCUGGCCGUAUAGACUACGGCUUGCACAUUCUGCACAAGUUCGCAGAGAGUGAAACGCUGCUUGGGGCGUCUCCCAGUGAUCUCUUGAAAACAAUCUUCGAUCCACUGGGGAAGCGAUUAUUAUCCAACAGAAUGAUAUCAAGUGACGUGACGUUGCAGUUCUGGAGCCGCGUUGUCAGCUGUCUGAAAGAGCGUCAAGCAUUUCGUGGAGACUUUGACAACUCCGCCGAGCAUUACAGAAGACUUGUUGCUCGCUUAUUCAAGGUGUGGAAUCGCUCACGGGCAAAAGCUGAAUAUACGGAUAUGCUCGCUACCCUGUUUUCUAUUCUCCCUCAGAUUGUGGUGAAUAGAUACAAUCUCGUCGAACUCGUAAGGAAACCUGCGCGGUCACUGAGGUAUCGGUUGUUACGCCUGUUCCUGAAAAACACGGGCGGAUACCAAUUUGAUAUUGGAGAGCCCGAUAGCUUGGAUCACACAGAGUUUCAGAAAUCAACACUCCGCUGGCCGGCACGCCUCUUUUUCGAAUUAUCCGCAAAGGAAGCCCUUUCGUUGUUCAUCAAGGUCCGACGAGCAGGAAAUUAUAUCGCAUUUGCGUAUGGCCAUACGUUUUACUUUGAACGGCGAGACGCAGAUGACUGGGAUUCAGCCGAUCACCACAUCGUACAGGCCCUCUUGUUGAAUCGGAACCCGGCAGCUCUCCCUUCCAUGGCAGCAGAUCUGGAAGCCAUGAGGUCUGAGAUCCGCCUUCAAGAGUUGCCAGAGAGGAUGAAAAAGGCCACCCAAGGCCGCAGUCCGGAAGCUCGAUCGCUGUGGUGCGCAGCCGCCCUUUCACUUUGUAUAGCAAUAGGGGAUCUUGAUCUCCUUGCAGAAACGCUUCGCUGGGCACGGCGGUUCAACAAAGAUCCAUUGGCCCUCAAAGAAAUGUACAGCCAGUCUUGCAUCUCAAGACAUGAAGGAAUCAGCCUUUUGGCUGUGCUACAUUUUAACAAAGACACACCAUUGACAAUGACUCUGGAACAGCUUACCAAGAACAUACGCUCUGCGAAUGAAAUCUUGCAGACCCUUUUUGAGACUGCCAUCAUGGCUGCAAAUGAACCGAGUUUUGACGCCAGUAAUUGGCAGGCCACUCUUGGCUUGAUUAGAAAAGCCAUAUCUCGCCGCUUGAAUUGGAUCAAUGACUUCCAAGAUCGCUGCGAGAUGUCCGACGAUGCGCUCUUUGUCGCUGUUUGGGAGCCGACGCUUACCAUGCUGAAGGAAAUGAUAUCGACUCUCCUUGGCCCUGCGGGCGAAAGGUUCAAGGCAAUCGAUGCCUAUGCCACAGUAUCUUGGAGAUUAGUUAGUGAGCCUGAAACUAUGCGGGAACCAACUAUCAGAUUUCUCAAUGCUUUGGCGGUAUUUCACGACUCGAUUUGGGCGGAGCGCCGAAUGCUUGAGACUCCUGCUAUAGUAACAGCGGGCGAGAUUUGGCCAAAAGGACUUGCUAUCCAACAUCUAUCCGACCACUUUGGUAUGACCAUGGCAUAUCUCCCUUAUACACGAUCGCGAAUCGAGAGUAUCGUGUAUAUGGAUGCCCAUAAAGCCAUGGCGUCUGUGCAGGUAGAUGAGGAAACCCAAGCAGCCAUUGGGGAGUUUAUAGAUAGUGGGCGCGAGGCUCUGCGGCUAUAUAUACGUUCUCCACGAGUGCGAUAUAGCAAGAGUCCGACGUUGAAAGAUUUCCCUUUGCGUAUGCAGCGUCAAGAACGCAUUACAAAGGCCUGGAAGUAUGCAACUGUCAACCUUUCCAAGGGUCGUAUGUCUCUGGAAGAAGCUGAACGGUUUUGGUGGCCUGUAUUCAGUGACGGUCGAAUUAAUGUUGAAAGAGACGAGGUUGGGAUUGAUGAGUCGGCUAAUCAACGUCCUGAGCCAUCUCUUCCUGAAGACGACGAAGAUAUGCAUCCAACUGAGUGGAAUCCAGAUCCAGAUUAUAACCGGCUAUCGCAGCCUGAGAAAAGCAAAUCUAUCGCACCAACCUAUUUGGAUGUUUUGCUCAGUCAAUCACCAGAAACAACGAUCUUUUACCCAAAAAGACCUUCGAAAUCUUCUGCCUUUGACGCUGUCAAGGCAGUUAUCCCAGGAAAGCCGCGUCCUUGUUCCUUCUGGCAGUCGGCUUAUACUACCGGAAGGAAGCUUACCGGCAGAGGAGCGGAUGCCUAUGUGACAGCAGGAAUUCUAGCUUUGAACAUGAAAUAUGGGUCAGAUGUUUCUUUGCUGAAGACGCCGUUCCCUGGUGCUAACACGGCGCGCAUUCCGGCCGUAUAUCUGGACGAAGAGUUUCUUGAGAGAGAAGCAGCCAAAGAUACUCAGAUUCAUACUAUGGUGACUAACCUGAGUUCCUACGUGCCAACACGCUUGCUCGCCCGUCUAGCAGCUUCAGUUCUUGAGAGCAUAAGGAAGAAGCCCGAGUCAGAAAAGCCAUAUAAGAUAUUUUCGUGUAUAAUUGACGUCAUGUUAGAGGGGAUCAAUCCCUCGUUGGCAUUUCCCUUGAUUCAGCAGUUUGUUUUGGAAUAUCCCAGUGCAAGUGCAUGGCACAGGCUGCUUCUUAGCCCUCAGACUCUUAUGAGUUUCCUUCCAUCUGAUGCAAAGAAGUUCUUUGAGAGCUUUACAGAUGCUAUUCUGGAUAGGCUCCAAGCACAAGCAGAAAGGCGCGCAGAGGAGCCCGACUCGUCGGAAAGCAAGGGACCACUGGUCAAAAUCACCACUGUCAAAAUGUUGGCGCAGCUUCUGAGAGAAUGCCCCGUCGUCGAUUCGAGCUUCGCAGUGGAUUUGAACAUUCGAAUUCUUGAAAGAGCUACUCAUGUGGAUAUUCGUAUAGCCUCUAUAAGAGCGCUCACAGAGGCGUUAAGUACGACGACUAGCCCUGUGGUGAAGCAGAGGAUAUUUGACGCCCUGUUUAAGCAUGCUGCGCCAAUGGCAUCCUCAGUUCAUGAAGCACAGCCAGCCGUGGAUUGGGAUGCAUUGAAACCUGGUGAUGAGCUGCCUGAAAUAUGGGGAGACGGCUCUGGGAAUUUUUGGAAUCCUCCAAUCGUGGAUGUUAUCCUGUUGGCAGGUCGUGAAAUAGACCUACAGUCUGACCAAGGACGGACUUUAACGAAGCUCAAAAAUUUUGUAUUGGACUCUUCCGCAGAAAACAACAGACGAUGGACGAAUCUUUUCUUAAAGAAGAAUGGAUUCAGCGUACCAGACAACGCCCAGCUUCCUCCAAUCCCGGUUUUCCCGACGGCACUGAAUACUCUGCUCGUUUUAAUGCAGUCGGAGACUUCGUUAAAGUACAUCGACCUGAUGAAGCGGUACACAUUGAUGAAGAUGAAUCCUCCCGACUGGCUGGCUCGUAUUAACAAGGCUGUAAAAGAUGACAGGGAUCUGUCCAGAUCUAAUGCUGGCAAGCAUUGGUACAAUCUGUGGAGCAGCGACAGCUACACCUACAUGACCAAUACUCUUGGAAAUGUCUCCGUGUUUCUCGGUCCUAAGAAUCCGGAUACGCGAGACCGUGAGCAGUCAAGAGCGUUUUACGAGUCUUUGGAACAGUUUAUUUAUGAGGUUGGAGACGCUUUUAUUACAGAAGGGCUAUCUUCUCAAUAUUUGUCGUUCUUAGACAAACUAUCCUGGAUGGGCCCUGAAAGUCCCGUAUGGAGACGCCUUGUGGACAGGAUAAAUAGUCUUCGAACUCCCGCGUGGCAGGCCGAUCCGAACCGAAAGCCAAAAGUUCUUCCUGAUACGCUGCCGCUCAAGAUGAAGAUGCUGAACUUGCCCAAGCAGAAGCUUACGAAUCCGGAUGAGGCCAAGACGGUCAUGUCCAGAUGUGUGAAUGGCGUUAUAGAGCUCCUCGACGAAUUCGUGUCUAGCGGGACACCGUACUUUGAGAGAUUCAACACGCUUCAAAAUGAAUUGGGAACGGUUGAGCCAAUGGCUGAGAUGGCCAUCUUGCUGGGUUCUGAGCCUGCACGACGGAGCGCCAACGAGGUGACUUUGGUGGAUCACCUGCGACUGGACCUCGCAAUCAACAUGAUGAAUAGAAGUAAUGUUCUCAACAAAGGCCUAGGAAAAGCCCAUGACGAGGAUGUUAUAAACGCAGCUGCUGGGUUGGUGGUGGAUAUGAGUAAUAGUCAUGUAGAAUACAUUCGCACACUGGCGGCGCCGUUGAAGAAUGGAUUGGAGAAUGAUACAGGCUUUAAUUGGUGGGAUUGAGAGGUAGUUGUAGGAGAGGCCGAAAUAAUUAUUAUUUCCGUAUAUAUUUUGAACUAUGAUUUCCAU